AGCCAACAAUUUGCCCAAGUGCCGACAGACACGACAUUGAAGCAUAUAGUCAGCUUAAAUCAAAAUUUGAAAAAACCUUUGAGUCAUGGCGAACAUAAUUUCAGUGCUCCAGCCGAGUGGCGAAAUCCUGGUUCUUGAAGUCACGCCUGAGACAACAGGCAAGGAGCUCAAGCAGCAGAUCAAGGAUCGAAAGCCUUGGGAUGAGCUUACUCGCAGCAGUACGGGUGUGGAGAUCAUUGUCGGAGACAACCACUUGCUGGCCAAUGAUGCAAAGGUAUUGGACGCUGGAAUUGCUGAAGAUCCUGUUAUGAGUGUUGUCUUCAAGCCCAACAAGGUGAUAUGUUCCAACAAGGAUGCGAUCGCCAGUCUUGGUGGCAUCGUUGACUCAGACCUUCUGCUUGUGAUCGAAAUAUCAUGAUACGCAGAUUCAUCAAAACGCUUUUGAAGAUUGCCAGACGUUGGCCAAUGUGACCAUCCCAGACUCUGUGACCCACAUUGGGGACAAUGCCUUUGAGGAUUGCACGUCUUUGACAAACUUGACCAUCCCAAACUCCGUGACCCACAUCGGAGCGUGUGCCUUUGCAGGUUGCAGCUCUUUGUCAAACUUGACCAUCCCGGACUCCGUGAUCCACAUUGAGAUUGAUGCCUUUCGUGAUUGCAGCUCUUUGGCAACCUUGACCAUCCCGGACUCAGUGACCCACAUCGGGGACGGUGCCUUUCAGGGUUGCAGCUCCUUGGCAACCUUGACCAUCCCUGACUCGGUGACCCACAUUGGGGUUGAUGCUUUUCG